GAGGUGGUCAUGUCUGGACGCGGGAAGCAGGGCGGCAAGGCUCGCGCCAAGGCCAAGACGCGCUCGUCGCGGGCCGGGCUGCAGUUCCCGGUGGGCCGCGUGCACCGCCUGCUCCGCAAGGGCAACUACGCCGAGCGGGUGGGGGCCGGCGCGCCGGUGUACCUGGCGGCCGUGCUCGAGUACCUGACGGCCGAGAUCCUGGAGCUGGCGGGCAACGCGGCCCGCGACAACAAGAAGACGCGCAUCAUCCCGCGCCACCUGCAGCUGGCCAUCCGCAACGACGAGGAGCUCAACAAGCUGCUGGGCCGCGUCACCAUCGCGCAGGGCGGCGUCCUGCCCAACAUCCAGGCCGUGCUGCUGCCCAAGAAGACCGAGAGCCACCACAAGGCCAAGGGGAAGUAGGAAUCUGGGUUAAUUUGUCACAACGCCUUUCUCCCGCAUAAACCAAAGGCUCUUUUAAGAGCCACCUACAAUUUCCUGUGAAGGACUGUACACGAAGUAUCUUUUGUUCCUGAUAACAAUUCUGAGACGUCAUCUAUCUCGCAACUUAAUGCGU